UGUGUUGGUCAUUACUCAGACCUUCCUGAACAGCAAGAAUCGUUCUUUGAGGUCCCCUGUCAUCAUGCGACACCUGCUGAUUGUUGUUGUGGCGGUGGUGGUGGUGGUGGUGAGUCAGCUGAUCGCGGCUGAUACAGCAGAUUCCUCCAAAUCCAAAGAGGAAUGGGACCGGCAGCUUGUACCUAACAAACGAGAGUUGCGCAGCAUUCUUCCUUGGCCAAUGCCACGACCUGUGCCAAUGCCAAAUCCUUGGCCAGGACCUGUGCCAAUGCCAAAUCCUUGGCCACUGCCAGAUCCUUGGCCAGAAAAACCACCUGUACUUGCCUGAGAUCCUAUUUCUAGACAUUUCCGUUUCUGGUGUUCUUAGAAAGAAAUGCCACUUUGUAUCUCUGUGUAUGUGCCACCCGUUUUCAAUGCUGUCCGUACUCCGGGUGAACUGUUUACAUUUAUCCUGCAUCAUCCGUUCUCUCUCUCCAAUUAUAUUAAGUGAAUAGCACUUUCCAACUAAACUAACUAAAGCUAUCGUAAUAAAGACCGGCGUAAGACAGGGUUGCAUAUUAUCAACAACACUCUUCCUGAUGGUCAUUGGGUGGAUUAUGAGCAAGACAACAACACCAGUAUUCAGUGGACCUUCUCCAAACAGCUAGAAACAUUGAGAGUGACAAACACCAUCAUCAACAAGCUCCAACCGAUGCCUACUCCAUAUUCUGGGAAUAAAAUGGCCUGAAAAGAUCUCCAACAGCAGCCUGAGGAGAGAACCAACCAGAAUGCCACUACCAA